UCACCAUCAUCACAGUUCCAAAGCAAGUUUGAGACUCUGACAAUCCGCCAACAUAGUCACUUAUCAUUUCAUUUCAUAAUCGUUGAAUAAGAUCUAAAUUAUUGGGCGUGGCCAAUACACUGUGAAGCCAUUUGCAUUGUUACUUGCACCCAACAGCAGACCCCUAGGUUUUCUCCUGCUUUAUAAGAAACAGCUUAAUAAUGGAGAUAUUUCGUUUUGGUGUUUUUGUUACAGUGCUCUGUGCCUAUUUGGUUGAAUCUGUUGACAUUGUAAUAUCUCCUGGUGAAGUAAUAGCCGGAGGAAAAGAAAAAGUGAAGAUCACAUGUAUAGACAAAAAGUACGCCAAAAAAGUAUAUGCCAUAACUAUUUCUAAAGAUGGUAGAGAUAUUGUUACCAUUGAACCUCCAAAGAAAGCAAUCUGGGUGGAUAAUGAUAUAUCAAGAAGAGCUUACCUAAUCAACACCUACAUCAGUGCUGGUAAUUCAAUUGCUACCUUAUAUGUGACCAUCCCUCGUGGCUGGGACACUGGCCUAUACAGGUGUACUGUUCAGAAGACACCACGUCCAGAAACUUCCAGACCAAUGGCACUGAAAGUCAAUGGAUCCAGUCUACCUCGAAUGGAUAUGAUGUUGGUACUUUUAGUUGCUGCAAAUAUGGUAUAUUCUGUAAUGCAAAGUUAAAUAUUUUUCUUUCAACAUCAUUAACGAGACUGAUUAGCUCCAGGGGAUCUAAACAAUGAAAUUAAAACACUCCAACAUACAUGCAAAUGUACACAGAAUACAAAUAAAAUCCAUUGACAAACUAUUAAACGUUCCUGACAGCAAAAUCUAAUCAUCUGUCUGUUGAUAGCAUUUUUGCUACAUAAUGCUAUAUUGUUCAGCUGGGAUUGUAGAUUGGAAUACCAGAGAAGAAUUUGAAUGAAAGAAAAGAGUAAAAGUAGGCUUUGUGUAUUGCUGUCAUCAGCACCAAUUAGCUCUUUGCCUGUUGUGAUAAUAAUAAUAAUAAUAAUAUAUAUAUAUAUAUAUAUAUAUAUAUAUAAAGACUUUAGAGCAAUUAUUAACAGUCAGUUGUUAAAUUGUUUCAAUGGCUUGUGAAACACAACACUAGCUCAGUUACAUCUUAAAAAUUCUUUAAUACCUCGGUUAUAGCAAUUUGCUUUUGUUGAUUAUAUAUAUAUAUAUGUGUGUGUGUGUGUGUGUAUAUG